AUGGACACAACCAUGUACGUAGACUACAGAAUUACAGCUUACAGAAACGUCACGGUACAACUAAACGACACACAAGUGUUCACCUCUGGUGUUCUGCAGAACUCACAGAAUGCUCAGCAUUAUUUCAUCAGCCUCUUCCUCUCUGGGCUCUACACUAUAAUCCUGUUUCCUGUCGGCCUCGUUGGGAACAUCCUCAUCCUGGGGGUCAACCUGGACCAAGAGGGCAGACUGACAGCCCCUGACCUGUACUUCGUGAACCUGGCUGUGGCCGAUCUGUUCCUGGUGGCCGACUCUCUGAUCGAGGUGUUCAACCUGAAGCAGGGCUACUACAACAACGCCGGCCUCUGCACCUUCAUGAACCUGUUCCAGCAGGUCAACAUGUACAGCAGUGUCUUCUUCCUGACCUGGAUGAGCUUUGAUCGUUUUGUGGCGCUCACCAACUUCAUCGGCCGCAGCAUGUCACACGCACGCCUCAGCUGCUGCCUCAUCUGGGUGUUGUCAUGGUUGCUCACUCUGCUGCCCUUGGCUGUAGCGCAAGUGCAGCAUGCAGGGGAAGUGCACUUUUGCUUUGCCAACGUGACACAGAUUCAGUGGCUGGAGGUGAUGCUGGGGUUCUUGCUGCCGUUCUGCGUCCUCGGCCUGUGCUAUGGGAAAAUAGCGCAGGUGCUCCGACGCAGUCAAAGGGAGCAGAACGGCCCACAGCAGAAGCCUCACCGGCAGAAGGCCCUGCGAAUGAUCUCAGCAGCCGUGAUGGUCUUCUUUCUCUGCUGGCUUCCAGAAAAUGUGUUCAUUAGCGUUCACCUCUUGAGGGGCGACUUGGACAGCAGCACACUGUGGCAGGACUAUCCCCUGACAGGACAUGCCGUCAGACUGGCAGCCUUCUCCAACAGCUGCCUGAACCCGCUCAUCUACGGCUUCCUCGGGGAGGCAUUUCGGAAAAAACUCAAAAUAUUCCUCCAGGAGAAGAGCAGAUGGUCCAAACUGCACAGGUCAGCAUCAGGAAAACCCAUCUAUGAACUAGCUGCACCGACGCACCCCAGUACCCCUCACAUUUAAGCUCUCGUGAACUCCAUCAUAUUAUUAUAAAA